AAGAGAAUUUUAUUUAAACCUAAAAACUUUCUAACCCCUUCAAAAAUAUUGACAUAAGUUAUUACAUAUUUUUCUACAAAAGAAGAGCUUACAAGAGAAAAUACACAAUCCAAAAUGCACGUUUCACAAAUAAUAUUGAUAAGAGAUAAAGAGGGAUUAAUAAAACCUGCGAUAAUGCGACAGCUGUAGCUGUAGGAAUUACUUGUAGUAGUUCUAGUGGAUUCAGAGGAAAUGCUGUCAAAAUUGAAACGUCCGGUGUUUGUAUUGUUAUUAGUGUUAAUUUGUGUUCAGGUAUUUCAGAUAUUAUAUAGAGAACAUGUUCUUGAAAUGACGCGAAGUGAUACUGACGAUUCUCCAGCGGAAAGUAAGCUUGUUACUGUUGUGAAUGAAAUUUUAGAGCAAACAUUUGCGAAUGACAAAAAGAUAAAGGAAGAUAAAACUAAAAAUGCAGAAUCGUCUUCAACAAGCACUUCUACCACCACGACAUCAACAACAACAUCAUCAACAACAACUGCCGCAAUUAACAAAGACAAAACUAAAUUGAAAAGGAUCCAACAAAAACUGCCCGAUUCCUCACCGUCAGAGAAGGUUACGGAUGAAGUUCAAGCAAAAAUUGCUGAAGCUGUACGACUUUGGAGAGCUGCACCUGAAAGAAGGGAGAAAUUCGAAAAUUCUUCGAAAUACAAUGGCCACAACUUGUUGAAUGAUCCUGUGUUCAAGUUUGAUCCAAAUUUCAAGAACCCGUGUUGGUUUGAAAAUGACAUGCUUCGCUGCCUGCCUUAUGUUUACGUUAUUGGCGUUAAGAAAUGUGGAACCAGUGAUCUUUUCUACAGGAUGUCUCUUCAUCCAGAUUUUGUUAGACCCGGCUUCAAAGAAGCACAGUGGUUUGCUCGUAAACGAUUUAGGCCAGGCGGUAUUUAUGACGAUAUUUAUGAAUAUGUUUCCAUGUUUCGCACAGCUGCUAAAACUAUACUUGAUCAUUCAAAUACUUCACCAGACGGUCACGUUUAUAAUAACAAACUUAUAACGGGCGAAGGAAGCCCAUCUAAUCUACAUCUCAACAUGCAUUGGAAACAUCUCCCUGGAAAUGAAAAUUUAGACGAACCAAAAUACGUCAUUUUAGACUACAUUCACCAUUUUAUACCCCAAGCCAAGAUCAUAAUAACUUUCCGAGAUCCGGUUGACAGGUUAUAUUCUGACUAUUACCACGAAUAUGGUACCUUGAUGAAGCAUAACAAGCCAAAUCCUCGCCAGUUCCACAGGGUGGUAUCAGCAGGUGUGAAACUCUACCAGGAUUGUUUCAAACGUCACUCCGUCCGUAGCUGUGUUUAUGAACCAUCUCUUUAUGAGCAAACAAAAAUUCAAAUACAGUUAGGAAUAUAUUAUAUAUAUUGGGAGGAUCUCACCAGACUUUAUCCUAAGGAGCAAAUACUUGUUCUUCAAAAUAAAAAUCUCCGAGAUAAAGAAAUCACCAUGAAAAAGGUGUUUCAGUUCCUGAAAUUACGAAACCUUAGUUUCGAAGAAAUGGAAAUAGUCGUGACUAAGAAAGAGACUUACACAAGGCGAGAAUCAUUUAAAAAGGAAGGACCUAUGUUAGACGAAACACUAAAAAUACUACAAGACUUUUACCGGCCUUUCAAUAGAAGAAUGUCUGAAAUAACUGGCGAUUAUGAUUUUCUGUAUACAUAUGCUGAUGACGACAGCUGAUUUCUCAAUUAUUUUUGUUUAUUUUUCUAGCGGUGCAAUAACUGUUUUUUCUAAACACAAACGUCACAUUCAUUAAUGAUGAAUCCAUGGUGUACGUGUGCGUGCAUGCGUGCAUGCGUGCGUGAUCUACUUUGAGUGUUCAAUCUUAUUGUAAUUCUAAGUCGGAAUUCUCUCUUGCCUGCUUUUAAAUAUAUAUAUAUAUUCAUUCAUUUUUACAGCAAAUUUUUAAGAAACUUGACUGAUUUGAUAGCAGCCUGAACAUAAAUAUGUAAAGUAUAAACCGAAAAAAGUUCUGUAAAAAAGAUUUUUGAAA